AUGCUCACCGCAGCGCCCACGGAGGCCGGAGGGAUGCGCACUCUUUUCCAGCUUUGCCUGCAGACACCCCUGGCGGCGGCCUCCGCGACGCUGAGGGUGAGCGACUGGCAUACACUGCUGGACAAGCUGCGGCAGGAAGGGCACCACAAGUUGCCACCACAACCGAUCCUCGAUGAUGUCGCCCGGACCAUUACUCACAUCAUGCAGUCUGAAGGGCAUCCAGACGGGCUGACUUUGAGCAGUUUCGCUUGCAUUAUGCAGCGCCAGCUGAAGGAGGUGAGGGGCGACAUGACAUCACCCCUCUCUGCAGACUUCGCUACCGGCGAUGGGACGGCGUCGCGGCAGGGCGCGGUGUUGCACUUUCCCCAACACCCCAAGUAUGUGCUCGCUGUACCGACUUCUGCAGUGGCAGCAGCACCACAGUCGUCCUUGCCUCCGUUGAAACGCAGAGGCCGGCGCAGCUCGCAGACAACGUUGACGGUGGCGUCUAACAGCGGUCUCUGGCGCGUUCUGCCAACGUGGUGCAUGGCGCUUGCUGGUCUGUUCCCGCUGGAGAUGUCGAGUGUGUGCCCUGUGCCGGUGGUCUGCUACCUGCGCAGCAUCGGGCUGAUUCGCGCGGUACUGGAGGCUAUCAUGCAGCGCCUGCAACUUGAGUUGGAGGCAAUCCCUGAGUACGUGGCGUCCUUUGCGAAAGCAGCUAGAAGGGAAACCCAGCACCACUCUGAAAGCGCAGCUGCGGAGAGCUUUGUGCAGUCACUGCCCCCUGAGGGGUCUGAGGGGAGCAGGUCGGUGAGCAACUUACUCACGCUGAGCGGCGCCUCUGCCGGUGCCCGUCGUGCCUGCUCGGCUGUUGUCGCUAGAGGCGCUGUUAGCGCCAGCAGCGACGGAGAUGGGAGGUGGAAAGAGCAGCCAGUCUGGUGCUCCGCGAUGUCUGGCAGACACCGUAGGAGGGUGAAGUACCGUAAGAGAGGCGCUGCCACGAACACGACGACGAUACCAGGGGGGACAGGGAGCGACGGUGCGGUUGUCGUCUCGUACCCCCAGAGGGUGACUAAUGGUAAUAGGCGUCUCAACACUGAUGUUACCAUCUCCGCCAGUAGCGAUGAUGUCAAGUCGCACUAUCUCGAUCAGCGCCCCCUUGAUGAGAUCAGUGUCUCCGUCGUGGCGCGGGCCAAGGCACGCCGUCUCAUGGACACGCUCCGGCGCCACACUGUCCCGAUCAACCGCUACGAGUGCUUUGCGCGCGUGGAGCCGGAGAGUGAGCCAGUGCAGAAGCCUCUGUGCUUUGUAUCUCAGGAGGAGCUGAAGUCAACCUUCGGCGGCGGCGGCGACGAGGACAGCCAUGACGACUCGGAUGCGAUGUCCGACAUGAUGGCCGCCCUCACGUACAACCCAGGGGAGGAGACGGUGGUGGGCCUAGGCGGGACAGCCACGAAGGGCGGCGGCGACGUAGACGUGGACCAGUCCCGCUCAUCUCCGCAUCCACCACCGCUGUCGCGCAUACCUGCCUCCAGCGUGUUGCCGACAGUCAUUAUGAGUGCCACACGUUUCUCAGCAUCCCGCGCGGCCUCCGUGGGCAGCUCCGUCAUCUUGUCGGCCACAAGUGCGGGUGCCGGCGGCGCCAUAAGGCCACCGCCGCGGGUGCCUAGUAUGUUCCGCAUGAGCGGCGUGCUUCCCACCGCACUUCCCCGCAAGCAAGAGGAGGCUCUGGUGCGUCGCCUCAGCAAGCCCACCUGCAACCCUGCCGCGAUGAGUCUGCGCGCCGCCUCUACAGAGAAUGCCUACACUCACUGUCACGCUGCGGACACCACAGCCAUCAUCAGCACAUCCGACUCAGCGUCCGUCAACGCCAAGGAGACUGAAGACCGCUCGACUCGGCUAGCCCCAUCACGACCUCCCUCCGGGGCGGCCGCCCAGCACCACUACCGCUCUCAUCCGCACCUGUUGGAUCACAAGCUCUCUAACAAGACAGUGUUGCGCAAUGACCGAGCUCCACUGUCGCGGAACGUCUGCCAUCGUCCACGAAGCUGCUCAUCGUCAGCCUGGGCAAAUCCAUAUUGUACCUCUGUGGGUGCUAAUCACCAGCAUCGGCCGUCAUCGUCAGUGGUCUCCGACAUGGGCGGCGGCGGCGGCUACCUGUUGCAGCUGACCGAGGAGCAAAGCCGUGAUUUCACCUUCUUUGACGUGCCUUCUGUGCUCGUGGCGGCGCCGCUAUCGUCGUCAGCGGCUGCUGUGGCUGCUGUGCAGGUGAUGGGCGGCGGUGCCCCAGUCGCACCACUAUUAGACGCGGGAGCUCCACUGCAACCACUGGACCCGCAUCGACGGGCAGACCACAGUGCCGCGUCACGAGGUGCCACGAGGGGUGCCUCAAGGACAGGCGCCGCACCACCGGCUCGUGCUAACGCGAAGUGUGAGUCUACAGAAGGCCGGCAAGCGGGGAGCACCUCGAGGAAUGCUGUUGCUAAGCCGGUGCGGCGCGGCUCGCGCUUUAGGAAGUCAUCCUCCCGGUGCUUGAGUGAUGCCCCGCAACGUGGUCAAGCUGCCGCUGAUCCACAUGGGAUGGGGUGCAUUAGCAGUCGGACAAUUAUCGAUUCCGGUGCUUCUGCACAUCCUCCUCUCUCCCCUCACCCAGAGCCACACAUCUCCCUUUACGAGCGACGCCUUUAUCGCCAGCUUCAGCUUGCACACGCAGAUGAGCCCGUUUACCAUCACACGAACGGGAGGAAGGGGAAAGGAGAGCGGUAG